UCAAGAGGGGGAGAGAUUCAUUAUCAUCUCAAUAUUGAGGUCACAUUAAGAACUCCCCGAGCCUUCAAGUUUGUAGGAUACACCCAUUUUUGAUAGGUGUGUAACAAACCACAAUUACUCUCCAUCUAAACUACAUAAUACUAAAACUCUCUUUGUCAACUAAAGAUCAAUGAAAUUACAAUUAUAACCUUUAAUACAUAACUGGUAAAAAUAUUAAAAAAGAAAAAAAUAUGGUUAUUAAAGUAAUUUCACACAAACAAACUUUUGCUUUUUCUUUCUGAACCUCACCCUAUUGCUACCCUCUAAGCUCUCUCUUUCUCCUGUCAACUCCUUUUUUUUCAGAUGCAUGUCAACCCGGUUAAAAAAAAAAAAAAAAGUAAUUUUUGAGAAGAAUAAAAAUUUAUAUUCUUCACGCAUAAAAUGUGUGGACUUUGCUAGUAUUUAUAAAAAUGAAAAAGAAAAAAAUAUUGCCUUGUGAUAAAAAGUGAAAAUAGAAGACAAAGGGGCGGAGCAUUUUCUUCAUUCAAACCCAUCUGGGCCGCUUGCACAAUAUCCAGCGUCGUCAAGUACCCAGAUCGUACGGCCCAUAUUAACCCUCUCCGCGCCAAUAAUUUUUACAAAUAAUAAAAAACAAAACAAAAAACGAGUUGAGAGUUCUUAAGUUCUGUCAGUCUGAGUCUCCAACUCCCCUUCCUCUCGAUCCCUCCGCCUCUCAGCCCUUACCUCUCUCUCACGCUUCCCGCCCUCCCUGCUAUUAAAACGACCUCGUUUCGGUCCCAGUUUUUCAGGUUUUCACUUCCCAAUCGCUCGCAUUUCGCAAUGGUGAUGACUUGAAAGUCGAAUUUCGGCUUCCCGUGCUUUUGCUUCAACAACAAGGAUUGAAAUUUGGAUAUUAAUUUGGGAAAAAAAUGGAUCCCUACAUGGUUGGCGUGCUUGUUCCUCUGUUACUAACAAUUAUGAUUCAGAAAUCGAUGAGAGCGAAGCAACGGGGUGUGCCCGUUGAUGUUGGUGGGGAACCCGGGUAUGCAAUCCGAAACCAUCGGUUUACUGCCCCUGUUGCAACACUAUGGAAGGGUGUUACUACUCUUGCAGAGCUUUUCGAGCAGUCAUCCAAGCGGUUCCUAGAGAGACGCCUUCUUGGAACCCGGGCAUUGAUUGCAAGGGAGGUUGAGGUAUCAAAGGAUGGAAGAUCCUUUGAGAAGCUUCAUUUGGGAGACUACGAAUGGCUGACCUAUGGGAAGGCAUUUGAAGUAGUGUGCAACUUUGCUUCCGGUUUAGCUCAACUUGGACAUAAUAGGGAAGAGAAAGUGGCAAUCUUUGCUGACACAAGGAAAGAGUGGUUUCUUGCAUUGCAGGGUUGUUUUAGGCGCAAUGUCACUGUUGUUACCAUAUAUGCAUCUCUCGGGGAGGAGGCUCUAUGUCACUCACUGAAUGAGACGGAAGUUACAACUGUGAUAUGUGGGCAAAAAGAACUGAAGAAACUUCUAGACAUAAGUGGAAAACUAGAUACAGUAAAGCGAAUCAUAUGUAUGGAUGCCAAUAUCCCAUCCAGUGCCUCAUCUGUUCAAAGUCGCUGGAGAAUCACUUCAUUUGAUGAUGUUGAGAAACUUGGCCGAGAAAACCCUGUUGAUCCCGAUUUACCUCUUCCAGAAGAUAUUGCAGUCAUUAUGUAUACAAGUGGAAGUACUGGAUUACCCAAGGGUGUAAUGAUGACACAUGCUAAUGUGCUAGCUGUAGCUUCUGCGGUCAUGACUAUUGUUCCCGGCCUUGGAGGCAAGGAUGUUUAUCUGGCAUAUCUUCCCCUCGCUCAUAUCCUAGAAUUAGCAGCGGAGAACUUCUUGGUUGCUGUUGGAAGUGCCAUAGGGUAUGGAUCUCCGUUGACCCUUACUGAUACGUCAAGUAAAAUUAAAAGGGGAACAAAAGGGGAUGCAACUGCACUCACGCCAACUGUAUUGACAGCUGUCCCUGCAAUUCUUGAUCGUAUUCGAGAUGGAGUGCUCAACAAGGUAAAUGCGAAGGGUGGACUAGCCAAGAUAUUGUUUCACUUGGCAUAUACUCGUAGGUUGUCUGCUGUGAAUGGGAGUUGGUUCGGGGCUUGGGGCCUGGAAAAGUUUCUGUGGAACCUUCUUGUGUUUAGAAAGGUCCGUGCAGUUCUAGGAGGUCGCCUUCGUUUUAUUCUUUCUGGUGGUGCUCCUCUCUCGGGUGAUACUCAAAGAUUCAUCAACAUCUGCUUUGGUUCUCCAAUUGGUCAAGGGUAUGGCCUCACUGAAACUUGCGCUGGUGGGACAUUCUCAGAGUUUGACGAUACUUCUGUAGGUAGAGUUGGAGCUCCGCUUCCAUGCUCAUUUGUAAAGUUAAUUGAUUGGCCGGAAGGAGGAUAUCUGAAUACCGAUACCCCGAUGCCUCGUGGAGAGAUAGUCAUUGGUGGUCCAAAUGUUACACUUGGUUAUUUCAAAAAUGAAGAGAAAACAAGAGAGUCAUACAAGGUUGACGAGAAAGGAAUGAGAUGGUUCUAUACAGGUGACAUAGGGCGAUUUCAUGGUGAUGGUUGUCUUGAGAUAAUUGACCGUAAGAAGGAUAUAGUCAAACUUCAGCACGGGGAGUAUGUCUCCCUAGGAAAGGUUGAGGCUGCUCUUUCAGUGUGCCCCUACGUCGACAAUAUCAUGUUGCAUGCUGAUCCUUUUCAUAGUUACUGUGUGACUCUUGUGGUGGCUUCUCGAGUCACAUUAGAAGAAUGGGCUGCAAAACAAGAAAUCACUUUUACCGAUUUUGCAGACUUGUGUUCGAAAGCAGAAACCAUAAAAGAAGUGCAAGCAUCACUUGUAAAGGAAGCAAAGAAGGCGCGUUUGGAGAAGUUUGAGAUCCCUGCCAAAAUCGAACUGCUUUCGGAACCAUGGACUCCAGAAUCCGGCCUGGUCACUGCAGCUCUCAAGCUCAAGAGAGAUGUCAUUAGGAAGGCUUUCUCAGAAGACCUCGCCAAGUUAUACGCUUCCUGAUAAAUCGAGGGCACCACCAAAUUACCUGUUUCUCCAUUUUGUUUGUGGCCUUGCUAGGUUUAAUGCUAGCCGAAGGACUAGUGUUAGGAAAAAUGCGUAGAGUUAAGCUACUCCAAGCAAUAAAAGGAAUGAUGAUAUUAGGUCUAAUUAUGUGGCUACUGAAGCAAAAUGGUCAGAUUUUUGAAUUUUAUUUCUAUUUUUUUUGUUGGUUUUACAGCAUUGAAAGUGAGACGAUCCGCAGUAGCAAUUUUUGAGAAUGCCCCCAUCCUUUCUGUAUUUUUCUGAUUUAAGUUG